CUCGAUCCUGUUUCCAAAAUGGAAAUCACAUCCUUUAGUGCUACUCAAAGUGUGAUGUGCAACAAACUCUCCAAAGUAGGACCAACCGGAGCAGUACGAGCUCUAUCGCAAGUCGUCCUGAGAACAGCAUCCGCUCGUCUAUCCACCUUCCAGAGAUGGGAAAGAUCGUUGAAUUCUCCGUCAGCCCAGGCCUUAUCGAUGGCAGGAUUUAUCUACCGUGGAGUGGCAGAUCAGACUCAAUGUAUUUCGUGCUUCAUUGUCCUUUCACGAUGGAUUCCAGAACAUGAUCCUGACUUUGAACAUUGCAGACACUCUCCGACAUGCGAAUUUGUACUGAACAGACAAAGCGAAUCUGCGAAUCGUAUGCAAUCCUCGUCAGUUCGAUCGCAGACACCAGUUAACAAGGAUGUUAGUCCAUUGUCAGAGGCUUCACUUUGUAAAAUAUGUUACACUCAAGACAUGUCCACUCUUUUUCGUCCUUGCGGACACCUCCUGACUUGUAAAGCAUGUGCUGAUCAGUUGUUCAAUUGCCCAAUUUGUCGCUGUCCUAUUUUUGAGAAAAUUCGUGCUUUUGUCUCUUUUGAAUAGGUUUCCACGUUUUUUU